UGUGCAGGCAGUAAAGCUAAAGCUAAGUAGUUGGUGAACUCACUUGCUACCUAUAUCGCAUACCCUCAGAACGCGCGCGUUUACCUACACUGUACGCCUCGAAUGCAUUCUGGGUCUCCCCAUCGCGACUCUCGCCUCGACUCAGCGUGUGUCGUGGCCAAGAAAUGUGUGUAAACAAACGCUGAUUUCAACAGUCCGACCAUCAUCAUCGUCAUUGGCCAUCAUCAGCAGCGUCGUCCGUCCGUCCGUCGUUCACUGCCUGGCUUCAGCAGAGUGGUAUGCGCGCUGGUGUUCAACAAACAGCUACCCUACGUGUGGUAUUCCCAAGUCAGUCAGCGUAGCGACAUCGUACGUAGCGGCGUUGUAUCGGUGGGUCGGUUGGUUCGUCGGUGUGUUCGAUAAAAGCAAAAACAAUUUGUAUGUCUACAUUUGCGGAGUGCAUUCGAACGGAAUAAGUCGGACGUGCCGUGAAGGCAGAUGAAUGCGCUAAAAAGUGCAGCUACUGUUUACAUAUUGACCGAUUCUCAGUAGGACACAAAGGAAGUGUUUGGCGCAGCAUCUCGCCUCUACAGGACACAGCAGCAGAAAAAAAGUCAGAAUCACGAAGAAGUGUUCAGCAUUUCGGUUCAAAGUGUGUUGUCGCGUAGAUGAAGACAGUGUAAUUUUGAAAUCAGCAAGAAUAAAACAAGGGAAAAUUUUACCGUUGCACACCCGGAGACGAUGUUACUCAUUUGCGCGAGUGAAGUUCAGAAGCACAGAAGAGUCAGUAAGAACUUGGCGACACGGAAGACACAGCAAAUGUUAGUGACCGCAGAAUCCCCUCCACCGUGGACGUUGACCUCGGAUCGUCAUCAGCUGCGACCGAGGCAGCAACGUCAGCGGAAUGUAACGCAAUCCGAAGGAUUUCCGGCCUUGGUUGCGGAGAAUGGAACGAGCAAAACUCCCCCGUCGCCUAAAUCGUCGUCGUCGUCGCCACCGAUGGCCAAUGCCAAUGGUAGCGUGGCGAAUGGCUUCAGAGGACGAAACAAGCGAAAUCCAACACCAAGUGCGCAAAACAACCGCCAAAACAGUGCUGACCCCGAUAAAUGUGAACAACGAAAAGUGAGAACGAACAAAAAUCAAAAGAAGCAAGUAAAACCGACCAACAACAACCACGGAAUGAUUUCAUCGCGGCCAACGUCAGCGGGAAAAUUAGGUAUGUCGAUGUUCCCCUAUUUGGAUUAUUUUAAACCUAGUAAGAUGUUGGGGUCCCCAACACCCUUGGCAUGCACUACGCCAGCGCAGCGUGGUGCACCAAUCCUAGCAUCCUAGGAGGGUUAAAUAUAUGGUAAAUUAUUCAUUUCUUAAAUAAGAAAAGCGUUUUCAACUAUAUUUUGUACGCAAUUUAAAGAGACAAACUACAGCAUCACCACAAUGAGAUGAAAAUAUCAAUA